UUAUACAAAAAGUAGAAUACCAAUCAACGCGCGUCGAUGUCAGCGCCAUCUUUUCCCAGUUGCAACGAUCUGGAAAAUUUUGCUGAAUUUCUAACUGAAAAUUAGUAUCCAUCGAGCCCAUUAAUUCGGCAGAAUGGCAGGAACAGGGGCGAACAGUAUACCCCUAGGUGCCCUGCAUCCGAUUUUACGGGGUCAAAAGCCUCCUGGAGGGAUAGGAGUAGGGAUAACGGGCCCGAUAGGCGGCGGGGGUGAGAGCUCGAUGUUGAACGCGGCGAGGGAAGCGGCAGCGCGUGUCACCGCGAACAUCAUGGGGAAGCGUCCGCCGCCGACUGGGCCAUCGACUGGCGGGCCCGGUGGACCUGGAAAAUCCAUAGAUUCCACCAACUGGCCGCCGGACAAGAAGCGGAAGAGAAGUCGGUGGGGAGGGGAGGACACAAAGCCAGCUGGUGUGGCCUCCAUCAUUCCCUCCGGACUGAGCAAAGACCAGGAGAAACAGGUUUUGAUGCACUUGCAGGUAGAAGAGAUCAGCAGGCAGCUCCGUUCCGGAGACCUUGGAAUCCCAGCCACAGAGGAUAGAUCUCCGUCUCCGGAACCAGUCUACAAUCAUGAGGGGAAGCGGCUGAACACGCGAGAGUAUCGCACCAGGAAGAAACUGGAAGAACAGCGACACAUUCUCAUCCAGGAGGCCAUGCUGAUCAACCCGGACUACAAACCACCCGCUGAUUACAAGCCGCCUAUUCAGCGUGUGAGCGAUCGAGUCAUGAUCCCCCAGGAUGACCACCCAGACAUCAAUUUUGUGGGACUCCUCAUCGGGCCUCGCGGCAACACCUUGAAGAAGUUGGAGAAGGACACGGGCACAAAGGUCAUGAUCAGAGGUAAAGGGUCGGUCAAGGAGGGCAAGGUGGGGCGCAAGGACGGCCAGCCGCUGCCUGGGGAGGACGAGCCACUCCACGCGUUGGUGACGGCCAACACCUCAGAAGCUGUCAAGAAGGCUGUGGAUCAGAUCCGCGAGAUUAUCAAGCAGGGGAUUGAGACGCCCGAGGGUCAGAACGAUUUGCGGAGGAUGCAGCUGCGCGAGCUGGCCCGUCUGAACGGCACGCUGCGAGAUGAGGACACGACAAGGUGUUCCAACUGCGGCGCCCUCACCCAUCGCACCUGGCAGUGCCCCGAGAAGCAGAACAUCACGGGCACCAUCGUCUGCACCAUCUGCGGUGGCACGGGCCACAUCGCGCAGGACUGUCGCGCCAAGUUUGACGGCAGUGAUGAAAUGGGAGGGCCCAUGGGCGGUGGGCCCAUGGGUGGGCCCAAUGGCGGCCCCCCCAGAAUGGCUGGCCCAAGUGCUGCCGAGAAGGCCAAGAUGGAUUCGGAGUACAUGUGUCUGAUGGCGGAGCUGGGCGAAGGGCCGCCCCCAUCGGAACCCAAGAUGAACAUGCCGCCCCCUCUUCACAGCCAGCAAGGACCGCCCAAUAUGGGCGGGCCCAGGCCACUGCUGUCCACCCCGCCCAAUCAGAACCCCCAUCAGAAUCAUCAGAAUCAGCCACGCCCGCUGAUGGGCCAGAGUUUCCAGCCUCCAUGGAUGAGCAAGGAUCACCACGGACCCCCGAUGCCAAACAAGCCCCCUAGCCUCCUGGGCAUGCCCCAUCCUCAUCACCACAGGGGACCCCCAGGGGGUGGGGGCGGUGGCCCCCCUGGUCCACCCGGUCCACCCCACCCCUCCGGUCCCCCACCCCCUAAUUUUGGCGGGCCCCCGCCUCCUGGGGGGCCCCCAGGCCAGUUUAACAUGAACCAGCCACCCCCUGGGUUGUUGCCCCCACCUAUGAUGCAGCCCCCACCAGGCAUGAUGAACAUGCCUCCCCACGGCAUGGGGGGAGGGAACCCACCCCCUUGGGGGAUGCCCCCACCACCUCCCGCGUCGCAACAGCCAACGGCAACGAGUACGAACGUCACUUUAGCAACAGCUUUGCCGACAAUGGCCGAAAUGCAAGCCCUGGCCAUGCCCGUACCGCCACCCCCGACGUCCCUCCUGGCCGCGCCCCCUCCCCCACCCCCUAGCAGUGAGCCUCCCCCUCCACCCCUGCCGACAUCUACCGCACCCUGGCAGGUUGCGACAAGUGCCGGUGGGAGACCGGUGGUCACGAGCACCGGGCCGGUGACCACGCCGCCAUGGCAACGCAUCGCUCAAGAGGGAGGACUGGCAGUUGGCGUAUCAAUGGCAAAUCUGCCUUGGCAACAGCCCACAGCACCAGCCACAACAGCAAGUGCCGUCACAGCAGCAGCAUGGCAACAACUCCUCCAGCAACAGCAGCAAGCGCAGGCAGGUGCAGCAACAACCGCAGAUUUCCACAAUCACCACCCAAGCAACGAGCACCCAGGCGUCACUGACCAUUCCCCCACCCCCGCUGCAGUGGGCCGCCUUGCCUCCCCCUCCACCGAUGCAGUCCCCGCCCCCAAUGGCCAUGCCCCCGCAGUCGGCCCCCUUACCCACGUUCCAGCCCCCCAUGCCCCAGGGCCCCCCACCCCCUCUGCCGGGGCAGUUGGCAUUCAGCCAGCCCCCACCCCCGCUGUCACAAAUGCCCUCUGCCCUGGGGCAGCCCCCUCCACCGCCACCCCCAUCCUAGCUCAAACAAUUGCACAUAAAACAGUAGCAGGGUCUAUGGUCACAUCAUUGGGGUUAUAUUACAAAUUUACACGCAGGGCCAAAUUACCUGUUAAGCAGAAAAUAAAUGCUGAGCAAACUUAUGUAAGCACGAUCAAGCGAUAACCAGUCACAAGCAGUAUACAUAAGAUGAACUUUUAGCUGGUAACCUGUCUUUGCUAAGCAUGUAUUUUCCGUGCUUACCAGCUCCAUGACAUAUGCUUCGGAGUGAGAUAUUUGUAUACUGAAAAUUACCUUGUAUUCAAUAUACCAGUAAAUAUUACUUGCAUGUGUAAACUAAUGUAAAAGGCCACAAUGAUAAUCUGUAUGGUUUUCUGGUUCUUUGAAUGCAUCAAAGACACAGACUAUCGUUCACAUUAUGUGUGUAAUCCAGAAAUAUAACGAGUCACUGAAUUGUGUAAACUUGAGUCAUUUUGAAGAAGUGACUUGAGUCGAGUCAUUAGGUCAAGUAAGUCGAGUCGAGUCCCAGUGUGUAGUCGAGUUGAGUCAAAUGUUUACCUUGAGUCAAUUUGAGUCGCAAAUAUUUGAGCAUUAUAUUACAAAAACGAAAGAGAAAGUUCAGCCUGAGUCGUCGAGUCCUUACAACUCAAACUCUUCGAAUCAGCUGAUUUCCUCUUCUUUUUUUAAAAA